UUCCACACGCCCCACACUGCUCACACUGCACACACUCCCUCUUUCCUCAUCAUGGCUGAUGUUCUUUAUCUCUCUGUCCGUCUCACACUCCUUCUGUCUUUGUUCCCUCUCUCGAUAAUGGAAACUCCACUUCCUGACAUCACAGACCAGCAGUUCAUCGAGAGCUGUGUGAACGAACACAACCGCGCUCGCGCCAGUGUCAAUCCUCCUGCUAGCAACAUGCGCUACAUGACGUGGGAUGAAAGCCUGGCAGUCCUGGCGAGAUCAUGGGCGAGAGGUUGCCUCUUUCAGCACAAUCUCCAGCGGAAACAUCCUGUCCUGCCCUCAGUAGGAGAGAACAUCUGGGCUGGAACUCUAAGUGGAUCAUUUAACGUGAAAUCAGCGAUCAAGAGCUGGGUCCAGGAAGUUCGAUACUAUAACUAUUACACCUCAGCCUGCAGCAGUCCCCCAUGUACCCAUUACACACAAGUGGUUUGGGCAACAACGUAUAAAGUGGGCUGUGCCGUGAUCUUCUGCCCUAACGGGGUGCGUGAUACAACCUUCUCCCACAGACCAGGAGCCAUAUUCGUUUGUAACUACGCAACACAAGGAAAUUACCGUGACACUCGUCCGUAUAAAGAAGGAGCAGCGUGUAGCGAGUGUGGAGGAGAGAAGUGUGAGGAUAAGCUCUGCCACAACUCCACCCGAGACACUGACAUACAUAAUAGCUGGACGUCGGACUGGGACCCUGCUCUGCAUGUGUGUGGUGUGUUCUGUAAAUCGGUGUUGAUCAUCAGACCUGUGGCUUUGUUGUUGAUUUUUGGAAGCGUGUAUGUAGUUCAGCGCACCUGUCCAAAUAUCUUUGCUUACAUAAACUAACACACACACACAGAGGGGGGGGGGGUCAGAUACUCUCAUACAGUAAACACACACACACACACACACACACACAGAGGGGGGGUCAGAUACUCUCAUACAGUAAACACACACACACACACACACAGAGGGGGGGUCAGAUACUCUCAUACAGUAAACACACACACACACACACACACACAC